AUUAUCAAAUAAUUCAAAUUAAAUUAUUAUCUGGAUCUGAAGUUAAAAUUGUUUGUCGUUCGAAAGAUAUUAAAGAUGAUCAAGAAGUAGCACGUGAUCGCUUUACAAUUGAUUAUUGUUUUAUUACAAAUCCUGAUCAUCCAACCGAUACAAUUGAUAAUAAUGAACCAUGUUGUUUAACUGAUGAUCAUAAAAAUAUUCAUAGUGCACUUAUAUUAGCACAUGAUAAACGACGAAUGUAUACUUGCUGUGAAAUAAAUGAUAAUAAUGUUGAAGUUUAUGCUAAUAAACCACAUCUGGUUAAUUAUAAAACGGAACGUAUAUGGGAAUUUGAUCAUCAAUUAUUCGAAAAUAAAGAUCGUAUAUUUGCAUUUAUAUUAUGUUAUGAUGAAACUUAUCUAAUGGCAGUUACAUUUAAAGGUUUUAAAAUUUUUUCAUUUGGAUCCUAUUUAUGGAAAACAUGUUUAUUACCUGGUGGUGUACGUAAUAUAAUCAGUGGAACGAAACGAUUAACACAUACAACAACGUUUUCACAUGAUAAUCGGCUUGUUUUUGUUUUGCUCUUUUCUUUUGAUUAUGU